AUGUCCGGUCGAGGCAAGGGUGGCAAGACUCAUUCUAAGGGAGGGAAGAAGACCAGGUCCGCGCGAGCGGGCCUCCAAUUUCCUGUUGGUCGCGUGCAUCGCCUUUUGAGAGCUGGUAACUAUGGCGAGCGUGUUGGAGCCGGCGCCCCCGUCUACCUAGCAGCUGUUUUGGAGUACUUAGCUGCCGAAGUAUUGGAGCUCGCGGGCAAUGCUGCACGAGAUAACAAGAAAACGCGAAUAAUACCUCGUCACUUGCAACUGGCUAUCAGAAAUGAUGAGGAAUUGAACAGUCUUUUGGGCAAGGUGACAAUCGUGCAAGGAGGAGUCCUGCCAAAUAUCCAGGCUGUUUUGUUGCCGAAGAAGGCGGCUAUUGUUGGUAAAAAGAGCCAGUCCCAAGAGUAUUGA